AUUAUAUAUGUGUAUGUAUAUAUAAUACAUGCGUUCUGCGCUCUAACCAGCUGAGCUAUUUCCUGCAUAUAUCAUGAGACUGAAGUCUGCGAAUCUGCAGAUGGUCCCGGGAUGCUUCGCGGCGGCAUGGCGGCCGUCUUCCGCCGCCGCCGCCGCCGACUCCGACUUCUCUGCUGACGAUGAUGAAAAGCUGCCGCCGGCGCGGCCGCCGAGUAACUCGAUUCUGGUGGUGGGGGCGGACGGCGCGGUGCGGGUGUACGAGUGCCCGGUGUCGGCGGCGGAGGUGAUGACGGACAACCCCUGCCACCUCGUCUGCCGGGCCGACGCCGCCUUCACGAUCGGGCAGAAGGUCCCGGCGCUCUCCGCCGCAGACCGCCUCCUCCCGGGCCACUCCUACUUCCUCCUGCCCUCCCACUUCUUCCACUCCGUCCUCUCCUUCGUCUCCCUCGCCUCCUCCCUCCUCCUCGCCGGCGGCAACGGCAACGGCAAUGGCAACGGCGGCGGCAAAGUCAGGCCCUUCCGGAUCCGCAGGUCGCCCACGGGCGCCCUGCAGAUCAUCGUGUGCGAUCAGCUGCUUAUGAAUUCCGAUAAGAAUACGAUGAAAUCGACAGCGGAGGAGAAUGAGAAGGAGAUGACGAGCAGCUGUGGUGGUAGUAGUAGAGUGUGCACGGACGAGGCGCUGGAGAAGGAGUACAGGGAGAUGGUGAAGGCGAGGCGGGAGCGGCGGUGGACGCCGAAGUUGGCGACGAUAGGGGAGAAGUGUGAGACGGAGAGGAGCAAGAAUUGGUGGAAGAGGGUGACUACACAAUAGCUUUGCGCUUUGCGGAUAUACCGGGUGUGUUUGUUUUGAUCGAAGUCGGGGUCGAAGUGACCUACUUUUCAUAACUACAGGGGGUGUUGGCAGGUUUGGGUACGGGGCGAACUCACGACUUUGCCCUUGGCAACGAGCUUGUGAAUCUGUCCCACGGGGGAUGGCGAGUUUGCUUAUGAUGCGAACUCACGACUUUGCCCUCGACAUCGACCGAGCAUGAAGUCGAGCUCCGGCCGCCGUAUGGAUUGAAAUCGCUGAGUUCGCCGUGUGCAGCAUGAACUCAUGACUUUGCCCUCUCGACAAUGAGCGUGAAGUCGAGCUCUGCCGUAUGGAUGGAAAUCACCGAGUUCGAUGGGUUGUAGUUCCCCCUUUUUUUUUUUUUUUUUACCAAACACGCCCUUAAUGUGCGAUGAGAACUAGUGUCGUGUUUGUAAACUAGAGUUAGUUUUAAUCUGAAUUAAACUUGUAUAAAGUUAGCAAAAUAUGAAGGAU